CGGCGACGAAGCAGGUUUAUGUUUUUCACGAUUGUCAUUUUGAUUCAAAAAAUUAUACAAUUAGGGUUUUGAAAUUUUUGUGAUCAAAGAUGGCUCUUCUUCGAAGACUACAGACCGUUCGCGCACUUUAUGGGACGGCUUCGAUUCCAGAAUCUUUAUAUAUGUUUGGAAGCUCGAGAAGUUAUUCAAGUGUCGCAUCAAAUGUUCCUAGAAUUAACUACUGGAGAUCGUCUUCCUGCUCAUAUAGAGGCCACAAUGGCCUUCCUUGGGCCUGUGGAAGUAAGAUGACACUUCGCACCACAAUGAGUGCUGAGUUGUUGAUCUUCUUAAAUGAUAAAAAGUCAGUAACAACCCAAGCAAAAGCUUCUCCACAAGCACGGAAAAUGGGGGCUCAAGUGUCAAUGACGAGUCCUGGCUUCGUAUAUGAACCUUAUGCACCUCGUGAACCAAUCUCAUUUUGGCAAAGAUAUUUUACAAAAAGCGGAUGGAGAAGAACAAAAGAGGAUAUCAUACUAGAGCUUAAGAGUGCCUAUGCCAUUGCUAAGUUAAGGAAAACUGGAUACUCAAAAAAAAAGUUCUACAUUGAGGCCAUAGAAUUGUUCAAAGAGAUAAAUUUGCUAAUCGCAAUUGGGGACAAAACAUCACUAAGGAAAGCAGUCACAGAGAAAAUGUACUCUGGACUCAAGAAUGAAAUCAAACAGAGAGAAUCAAUGUGGACUAGCGUUUUCUGGGAGAUGGUUGAACCGGUUGUCAAGAUACGGACUUUGCGAGCUAGACUGAUUGGCGUGGACCGAAAUGAUCACGAUAAAGUGUUCAUACAGCUUACGCUUGAGUUUCUGACCAAGCAGAAAUUUGAAGCAUAUGGUUCUAAUGGCACAGUUGUUGCUGGAGAUAAAAAUAAGGAGGUUCUUGUUCGUGAUAUCUGGGUAUUUGAGAAAUCUCUCUUCCACUCGAACUCCUACUGGCGUCUUUGUGGGCGGAUUUCAGCAUAGGCCACCUUUCCACAAACCAAAGAGAGAUUUGCCAUCCAUUCUGAUGAUGAAUAAAUCUUACAACCCAAUUUUGUAAGCUGAGUAAGUUUUAUCUUUCGGAUCAUUAUAUCAAAGCAGGGGGGCAUCCAUGUCUAUGUUCUAUUAAUUCUAUUUAUGAUUUGAAAAUAUGAGAAAUAAAAUGAUUCGCCAUGUUCAUUUUUUAAAAACUUUUGGUACAGUGUCGUUGUUACUCAAGUUUAUUCUAAUUUCAGAGACCUCAUUGCGAUAUUUCCGAAGAAUGAACUUCAGAGACCUUGACUCCUU